GCUGCCUACUUGAAAACACUUAUAAUAUUGUUUAUACCGUAACCUAGAUGCAAUAUAGGUAACAUAGUAACAACAAUUAUAUUAUAUUUGACUAUUAUACAAGACUUCAUCUCAUUGUUACAGCAGUACAGCAUUUUGAAAUAAUUCGUUCAUCGUGAAUUCAUACUCUUCGUCGUUACAUUGGAAUAUCGUAUUAAGUAUUCAGAAGUCCAAUCUAACUACGAAGAUCAUGUCGUUUUCCACGUCAGCUAGCAGUUUGACUCUGGUUGUCAAAAUACUGAUGGUCAUACUGCUAGGUCUAUCAGAAACUGUGUUUGCAACAUCGUCGACGUGGGAACGCGAGUGGUCGGCGGUGGUAGUGCCUAUUACAUGGUCACCGGGCACUGCUAACCACAGCCGACUUACAGCGCAGUCGAAACCUUUCCGAUGGUGGAACCGCAAAGCCACAUCGACCCACAGCAAGUCGGCGGGGAUGAUGACAGAGGCUUCAUCUCACCUAAGUAGUACGUGUCAUGGUUUUUCUUGCCGUGAUAAGAACCGCAAUGUUGAAAAUCACCUUGACAAGAAUCGCCACGACCAGAAUCACCAAGAGGCGAAGCGAUGCGGUAACAACCACCACGAGAAGAAGCGAUGUGGUGGUAAGAACCAGCAGAAUAAGCCCUGUGGUGAGAACCAGCAGCAGAAGCACUGUGGUAAGAACCAGUGCGAGAAGCGCUGUGGUAAAAACCAGGGAGAGAAGCGAUGUGGUAAAAACCAGGGAGAGAAGCGCUGUGGUGAGAAACGCAACGACAGAAGUCGCCAUGGCACCACGAACUGCAACCGAAAAAACAAUAGGCAAAAUAAUAUGAAAAACGGUAACAAGCGCCGGCAGUUUGUAGUGGACAAUAAGGUGAUCAUCAACAUCAAUGAUAAUCGAACGCCUAGCCCAACACUAUCAUCGGAUAUUAAAACACCAGUUGAGGCGGUACAGGCCUCAAUCACACCGCAAAGCGUUGUUCACCGCAGUUUUAGUAGUUUCUAUAAUCACUGGUAUUCGGACAUCAUAAUAUGGUUGUCUUUAUUAGCUAUCUGGAUGGUGAUAAUUUUUUGUAUUUAUAAUGUGUAUUUUAUAUCCGAUCGUUAUCACAGUAUUUUCACCUAAUGAGUAGGUACCUACCUAUUUGAACGUUGUCCAUUAUUAUAGUAAGUUGUACUUUAUACCACCAAAUGUCUUUCAAGUUAGCACCGGUCAACGGCACAUUUUAUACAUUAAUAUUUAUA